GACACGGUGAUCCCUGGCUUGCGGGCGCUCGAGAGCUUGUGGACGCUGCUGCUCGUCGGGGUCUUGGUGCUUCUGGAGCUCAGCAGCUGGCAACUUCGCAGACUGGAACUGGUCAACGUCUCCGAUGAUCUGGCCUGGAACUUCCGUGUGGGGCGCUUCGGGAGCCGGUACUGUGGCGCCUACAGCCACUGGCUGUGGACCUCUUCCUGGACUUGGCUUGGCUGGUCUGUGGCAGGGAGUUCCUGGGACAGCACCGGCAACCUCGGCGCCUUCUUCUGCAUGCAAUUCGAACAUCAACCUGGUGCUGGUGGACCACCUCCUGGAACUCGACCUUCCGGAUCCUCGGCGACGUGGUGGGGAAACAUGAUGCCGGGCUUCCAAUAUCGACGGCAGUGGACUGCUGCUAUUCGGAGGUGGAACAAGUUGACGGACGUCCCCGUGUACCGACGGGCACAGAAGGUCCUUCGAACUUUGGGUUGGGAGCUUCAGGUCGACUUUGAGCACCUCACGGAAGAGCAGCUCUCCUCGGCCCAGUACCUCGACUACAUCCUGGCGGUCCUAGAGUUGAAGGAUGGCGCGCGCAAGCGGGAAGAGACCCUCACGCAGUACGUCACUCGACGGAUGCGUGACUUCACGAAGGCCGCUGGAUAUGGCAUCUUGCUUCCUGAGGAGCUCAAGGCCACGAUGCUUCGUGAAGGUGCUGGCCUCAGCGACCAAGGUCUCCAGAACCUGACUGCCCUCCUUCAAGGUCAAGACCACAACGUGGAUAAGGCGGACGACUGCUUCUUUGACGUUGCGGAGUCUGACGACAAGGAGUCCGAGAACGAUGACGGCGAGGAUCCCCCCGAGGACUUUCUCGACGAUGAGGCCGUUCUCGCCGAGCUGACGGACUUGAACUUCUCCUCUGAGCAGGCUGCGCUCGUCUUUGCCAUAGUGGAGAACCGGCUUCCGAAACGACGACGCACUUGGAAGGAGAACAAGAAGUUCAAGGCGGACCUGCGCGAGGAUCGUCAAAGCUUCACCAAAAAUGGCGAUGGCGAGGGCGGUCGCAAGAAGUAUUCCCGCGAGCAGCUCAAGAAGAUCUCCAAAUGUCGGCUUUGUGGACGACGAGGACACUGGGCUGAGGACUGCAGGAGUGGCAAGCCCGCGCCAGGUGAGGCUCCCAAGAUCAACGGCUUCUGCUAUCUCGGAGGUUCCUUGAUGGCUGCUUCUUCCAGUGCCAAUAACCUGUCCUUCCUGGUUCAGGACCUGUACUCUCAGGAAAUCUCCGAGAGCUUUGUGACCCUGGCCGGCAUCAGCGACGCGCGUAAUCAGCAGUGGAGCUUUCUUGCUCUGCCUUCUGGAAUGGCCAUCCUCGACAUCGGCGUCACCCAGGACACCACCGGGGACAAGGCAAGGACGGCAUUGGAGGAUGAGCUCUCACGCUGUGGACUACAGGCUCUCGAAGUUCCCACUACGGCGUCGACUCCUACUGGCAUCGGUGUGAUCCAGUUCGUGGUGAUCGAGGGUGGAGUUCCGCCACUUCUCUCUGUCGGGCUACUUGAGCACCUGGGUGCUUCCCUGGACUUGGUCUCGAAUCGCCUGAACUUCAAGAAGAUUGGCGUGGAAAUGAAGAUGACGAACCUUCCCACCGGACACCGAGCCAUCCCACUUGUCCAGUGGAAUGGUGGCAACUUUCCAGUCCCUCCGGCUGCCAAGGAGCAGUACCGGCUUCAGGACAAUGCUUUCAUGAAGAAGCCUGCGGUCUCCUCCGCAUACGCAAAAGAAGAGUCGAGUGAGUCGGGGUUCGCAGACACGUUCGCCUCUGGGCUUUGCACUGAGCAGGAUGCGGUUGAGAGUUCUGUCCAUGACGCUGCAGUUCCUCACGUGCGUGAUCAUUUCCUGGUAGAAGAUCAGGUGUCUUCUUGUGUUGCUCAUGAGUGUUCCGCGCACGCCUCAGGCUCAACUGCCCCCAUGGGCAACGUGACCAACCGGUCUAGCGCCCAAUACAUGGAGCACGCGCCUCGCUCGGCGACAGAUGCGGGGACGUCAGGCAACCGUCGACUACCUCAACGAUGGCAGGAGAUGGUGCUGCGCGUCUUCUACACCCUGGAGACCAUCCGCGUGAACUACUUCCGACUGGCCGUGGCAGAGCGAACUCAAAAGAGUCUUGCUUCGGAACGCCAGCGCUACCUGACGGAUCCUCGACAGGAGCCAGCCAAGUGUCUUCACCCGGGAGAUCCACUACGAAGAGCAAACCAGUACGCCACUUGGACGGAAGGCAAAGGCCAAGUCAAGAACAACGACCACGGUGACCUCGGCGCCUCCGUACACUCCUCCGACUACCACGCCGCUAAGGUACUCAUCGACGAGGGCGACUUCCUCGACCGACAACGCGGUGCUGGUGGACCCGGUUCACCCCGAGCUGAGCGUGACUUUGCAAGCCCUGACCCAAUGCGCCACAUGACGCAGGUGAACCAGCUUGUGCAGGAGGACAUGCAGGUGGCGACAACCCCAACGCGGGCGACCUCCCUUGAAGACGUGGCCGACCUGGAUGACUUG